AUGACUUUCAACCCAGUACGACACGCUUUCCAGACGAUGCUGGCGGACCAGAAGUACCGUGGUCUCCCUCUUCUCACUGCUUCAGACUACACACCUUUCCUCAAGGCCAUUGAAGCUCUCCUCGCAAACCCCACCUUCAUGCACGACCAUGCCUGGCAGACGGAAUCACUCGAGCACUCCAUCAGCCGCCCUGCCUUUAGCGCCAAGAACCGCCAGGACUGCGACAACAAGUUGGAUAUUCGACGCUACGAGGGCGCGGAGAAGGACUCUCGUGGGGCGACGGUCUUUGAAGGCAGUGUUGUUCUUAUUGUCGUUGAUGGGUAUGUGUUGGCCAAGGGAAGGAGUACCUCCUCGCCGACAGAUGCGCUGCUCGAUGUGUUUCAGAAGGUUGUUACUUUGGCACGAGACAAGAUCACAAUACUCAUGGACGAAAAGAAAUACGACCCGAGCUUCAAGAACCAGGUUGAAUACGUCAUAGCGGACAAAAAACUAGGAGUCUUCAGUUAUACGAAGUACCAGCCUUGGUGUAAGGACAUCAUCUAUCUUCUCGACGUGGGAAGAAAACAUCUACAGCACUACCCAUGGGAGGGCGCGCAAAAUGACGAAGAUGCAGAACUCCAUUCCGGUGCAACAACCCUCGUUGAUGGCGGCGACUCCAACGAUUCACUUGACAGUAUGAAGCAAUCUUUUGACUUCCCAACCCAGUUCAAUGCGUCAACGGUAGAAGGCCAAAAGUCUAUCGCAAUCACAAUCAAGUGGGAAUUGGAACCGGAAUCCUGGAUUCCUGGUGCGGUCCGUUGGGAGGGUCAUGUUGCGCGCUUCCUGGUUGGUGAAUGGACGCUGGCGAAGGGUCAGUCGGACGUGAGCGAGAGGGAGGCGAUGAUUGCGCUUUUUGAUAGGGUGCAUAUGCUGGCGGAGAGGUUUCGUGAGAUGGAUGAGGAGAAGCGUAAGAAGGAUGAGGCGGAGCGUGCGAAGGACGAGGAAGAGCGUAUAGCGAGGGAGAAGGAGGCUGAAGAGGCGGGUGUGGAGUAG